UCCGCCGGAGACAGCCGCGGCGAGGGAUGAGUAACUGACGGGACUUACCAGGAAAAACAAAAAAACACGGCCUCCGAGUGGACGGCUACACGAACUGCGAAGUUUUGCCCCGGCGCACACCCACUUAAAGAAGACUUCGGACCGACGAGGGUCCAUUCAGCGCCGACGUCCGGAGCGACAGUGAGGCGUCUGCAGUUUAAGGUGAAAGAGGGCGGAGCACCAUGAGCCUGUAGGCAGGAAGCGUAAACCAGCGUUUCAGGUCUGUUCAGGUCUCCAUGGCAUAAGGCCUGGCCUCAGACACUGCUUGUCCCCGGGGAGAGCUGCAGACAAACUAGCCACUCUUACGCCCCUCCGUGAUAUUCCACAGCCUCCGAGGAGCCGGGAAGCAGCCAGCGGGAGCCACCAGGAGCCAUGCCUGCCUUGGCCACCGCAACUGGCCAUGAGCCAGGUCUGUAUGAGCUGCUGGCGGCCCUGCCCUCCCAGCUCCAGCCCCAUGUCAGCCGCCUCGAGGACAGCACCUUCCUCCAGAACAUGUUCGGAGAGAGGAGCCUCCACUCACUGGUCAAGAUCCAUGAACGUCUGCAGCACUAUGAGCAGCGCAACCCUACUCCUGUCCUGGACAGCGCUGGGGCUCUGGCCUGUGAUUUGUCUGAAGAGCUACAGGGGAGAUCAGCCAACGGAGAGAUCAGAGAACUACUCAAACUUCUGGCCAAUCCCCAUGUCAAGGGCCUCCUGUGUGUCCACGACUUGGUGGCCAAGAAGAGUUACGACCCUGAGCUUCCUCCGUUACCCGACGACAUUGACGACGACGAGGACUCUGUGAAGAUUAUUAGGCUGGUUAAGAACAAGGAGCCUCUUGGAGCGACCAUUAAGCGUGAUGAGCACACAGGAGCCAUCCUAGUUGCCAGGAUCAUGAGAGGAGGGGCGGCCGACAGAAGUGGACUGAUUCAUGUUGGGGAUGAACUGAAGGAGGUCAACGGAAUUCCUGUGGAUGACAAGAAACCAGAAGAAAUCAUUCGUAUUCUGAUCCAGUCACAAGGGGCCAUUACCUUUAAAGUCAUCCCCGCGAUCAAGGAAGAGGCGCCAAGCAAGGAGCCCAAGAUGUUUGUGAAGGCACUCUUUGACUACGACCCCAAGGAGGACAAAGCCAUCCCGUGUAAGGAGGCUGGUCUGCCUUUCAAGAAGGGCUCCAUCCUUCAGAUCAUGAGCCAGGAUGAUGCAACAUGGUGGCAAGCCAAACACGAGGACGAUGCCAACCCCCGCGCAGGCCUCAUCCCCUCCAAGCAUUUCCAAGAGAGGAGAUUCGCACUGCAACGGCCCGCCGCACCACUUCAGCCCCACAAGGCCUCCAAACGGCGAUCAUAUGAUGUGGCAAUUGAGUUUGAGGAUGCUGACUAUAGUAGCGGAUUCCACCUAGCUGGUUUCAGGAGGAGCUUCCGCCUCAGCAGGAGAGAUAAGAAGACCAACAAGUCCAUGUACGAGUGUAAGAAAAGUGAACUGUAUGACACGGCAGACGUUCCCACAUACGAGGAGGUCACCCCCUACUGCAGGCAGAGUGGGGCCAAACACAGGCUGGUGGUGCUUGUAGGUCCCACAGGUGUCGGCCUGAACGAGCUGAAGAGGAAGCUGUUGAUCUCGGACCCGCAGCACUUCAGCGUGACUGUGCCACACACCAGUCGGGCCAAGAAGAACCAGGAAAGUGACGGUGUAGAGUACCACUUCAUAUCCAAACACCUCUUUGAGACUGAUAUUCAUAACAACAAGUUCAUUGAGCAUGGCGAGUACAAAGGGAACUACUAUGGGACGAGUCUGGACUCAGUGCGCUCCGUCCUCUCCAAGAACAAAGUGUGCCUAUUGGACGUCCAGCCCCAUAUACUAAAGCAUCUCCGAACCACAGAGUUCAAACCCUACGUUGUGUUUGUGAAGCCUCCGACGAUCGAAAGAUUGAGGGAGACCAGGAAGAGUGCUAAAGUCAUCUCAGGAAAGGAUGACAAAGGGACUGCCAAGCCAUUCACGGAGGAGGACUUCCAGGAGAUGGUGAACGCCGCCCUGCAAAUGGAGAGCCAGUAUGGCCACCUGUUUGAGAAGGUCAUCGUCAACGACGACCUGACGGCGGCCUUCAGCGAGCUUCGGCUGGCACUGAAGAAGGUGGAGAGUGAGACGCACUGGGUCCCCAUCAGCUGGACACACUCAUGAGACCCCCCCGACAAACAGGGGACUGAAAAUAGAGCAAAGGGAAGGGCUUUGGCACAAGUAUGCAAAGUUUUUAUCAUUUAUUUGUCCGCUGUGGCUGGUGAUGGGGCAUAACUGGGGAAUAACAGGACAGCACCGGACCGCAUCAUCACCGUGCCGGGGCUGCAUCUAGCUGAACCUUGGCCAUUCCCUGGAAUAGGAUGGAUUAAGUUUUGAGCAUGGGGCUGGAUUUAAUAUGAAGGCGUAACGGGCUCCUAUUUUUCCAAACUCUAUAGUGACACUGGGUCGAGGCAAAGGGUUUCUGUCAAUAUAUGUUCUUGGCUCUAGUCUGUGUCUGGGGCACAUAUCCGCUUCUAGGUUUGAGUUAAAACCUUGGCCACGGUUUGAACCUCUGGUCCGAACCGGAGCUUAUGUGUGGAGCCUGUAACCCCAGUCCAGUUCACAUCCCCAGCAGAGUUGUCAACACAUCCUCAAGCCCAACCAACCAAUGGCGUGCCAGCAUACGACUUCCUUCCAAUAUAGUGUGUUUGUAAUUAGUCAUAAUUAGAAAUAUUUAGAACCCAAAGGGAUAGACAUUACUUUCCUUCUAGGUGGCCAGUUUACAUACAUAUGUCUAUAAACAGCACAGCCUAUGUGGACAACUGGGGAGGCGAGAGGAGGAAAAAACAUUUGCCGCCAGUCUUAAAAUAACCCGUUCUGAAAUGCUUCCAUGGACUGUUAACUCCCGUUUCCAAAUAAAACAUCAUCAGGUACACUCUUGCAAAAGGGCAACGGGUGUAAUUUUAUUUAAGAAAAAUUAAUAUAUUUGAAUGUUUUCUGUUGUUUUGCAUACCUUUUUAUGAGCGUAUCUCGACCAUGGUCUGUAGAGCACCACAAUCCAAGCUGCACCUUGCUGACCCUUUUUGACAUCGGAAGCACCUCCUGACGGAGUCGGUGUUUUGAAUUUGUCGCCCUGUCCAGUUUUCCCCCUACAAAUCACAUAGAGGGCCAUUUUGCUUAGGUGUUUUAUAUUCCAUUUAGGAGCCAUUCGAAAAGUCGCCACCAUUCAUAUGAAGGCGCCCGGCAUAACAGCUUUGCCAUUUAGAGUCCCAGAAGUAGACAUUUUUUGGCCGCGCGUCAGAAGAAAAUGUUCUCAAUUAUGUUUCAAUUAGGGUGGAGUCUUUAUUUAUGUUCUCACAAAAACGGCCUCCACAUGAGGGUCCACGAGACGCCGCCGGAUUUAUAACUCAGUGAAAUGCUAGAAGGCAUCAUGUUAUAUCGAUGUUAGUAGUUAAUAGUUACUGGGAAAACUUAACUCUCAUCCAUAUCCAUUUUCAUCCAUUCAUUUACUUGAGUUUAUCUUGCGUUAAGGUGCUACUUAAUAUUGAUCUGUGGUUUAAUGGUUUCGAAAACAGCCCCCGUACCUCUGUCGAGCCCUUACAGACUAAAAUAGGUUUUAUGCUGCUAGUAGACUGAAUGUGCCGCCCUCUUCGUCAGGGGAAGACUUGGUGUGUACGUGCUAACACACUGCUAACGUAUCCCAUUAAUAUGUGGGGAAAACAUGAGGGAAAGAAAUAUUUUAUGCUCCUUUAUCCCCCUUUUUCAAAUUUCAACAAACUCUCCACUGUUUCUGUCUUGAUGCAUGCUCAAUAAUCCAGGUACGAUCACAGAAAGUUGAAUCGGUUCAUCUGGACACGACCUUUAUGACGCAUAAGAGACAUCAUGUCCAGAUGAACUGAUUCGGAUUUCUGUGAUCUCCAUUGUUUCCCCAUUCAUAUUCUCUCACACACGUCUGUUAGCUGCGUCUCCAGCUCAGGUCCGUCUGCACAAAGACGCCCUUUUUUUAAUUUCCUUUACCCGUCUCACACACCUGAUACAACUGUUCAUGUUCCAGCUUUGCUAAUCGUUCUGCACAAGUCAGUCCUGUUGCAAUCACCUGUGGGGUUUUUUUCAUUGCUUUGCCACUAAUGUAUGUUUGUAUUCAUUUUAGAUUUACAUAAGAGUCCUUAUUCGCCAGUUAUUUUAUUUGUUUAAUAAGUCCAUGUCUUAUGCCACAUGCAUUAUUGAUCAACAUCGGAGGCUUACAGACUGCAGAAAUAUUGUUCUCUUCUUACCGUACAUCAAAUAAUGUAUAUGAGGCAGAUUGUGUCAGUUCCCAGAUUCUUGAUAAUGCUACAUUUUAUAUUAAA